GUUGUCUCUGAAGUUUCCCACGCCUGUUGUUGUGGCGUCUGCCCCUUUUCGCUCUCUCUCUCUCUGAGUGUUGCUGUUUUCCACCGCCUCCCCCCGGUUUUCUCUCUGCCUCCCUUGUCCCUACACCUUCAGUCUGCUUCUGUUGUCUCGGCGGAUUGUUCGGCUGCUGUUGGAGAGGAAGGAUAUCGCGAGUAUUGGAGUUUUGGUGAGAGUUUGUGGAAGAUGGCGCCUGUUGUGACAGGGAAGUUCGGGGAGCGCCCUCAGCCACAGCGCCUAACGAGAGAAGCGAUGAGGAAUUAUCUGAAGGAGCGAGGGGACCAAACCGUCAUGAUCCUGCACGCCAAAGUCGCACAGAAAUCCUACGGCAAUGAGAAAAGGUUUUUCUGCCCCCCUCCUUGUGUGUACCUGAUGGGCAGCGGCUGGAAGAAAAAGAAGGAGCAGAUGGAGCGAGACGGCUGCUCGGACCAGGAGACGCAGCCGUGUGCCUUCAUCGGCAUCGGCAAUAGCGACCAAGAAAUGCAGCAGCUCAACUUAGAGGGAAAGAACUUUUGCACAGCCAAAACCUUGUACAUAUCCGACUCCGACAAGAGAAAGCACUUCAUGUUAUCUGUCAAGAUGUUCUACGGCAACAGCGCCGACAUUGGCGUCUUCCUCAGCAAGAGGAUCAAGGUCAUCUCUAAACCCUCCAAAAAGAAGCAGUCCCUGAAAAACGCCGACUUGUGCAUCGCGUCAGGGACCAAGGUGGCUCUGUUCAACCGGCUGCGCUCCCAAACAGUCAGCACACGCUACCUCCACGUGGAGGGCGGCAACUUCCACGCCAGUUCCCAGCAGUGGGGUGCAUUCUACAUCCACCUUUUGGACGACGAGGAGUCAGAAGGAGAGGAGUUCACUGUGAGAGACGGUUACAUCCACUACGGUCAGACGGUCAAGCUGGUGUGCUCCGUCACUGGCAUGGCCUUGCCCAGACUGAUUAUCCGCAAAGUGGACAAGCAGACGGCGCUGCUGGACGCAGACGACCCGGUGUCCCAGCUCCACAAAUGUGCCUUCUACCUGAAGGACACGGAGCGCAUGUACCUGUGCCUUUCCCAAGAAAGGAUCAUCCAGUUUCAAGCCACGCCCUGUCCCAAAGAACCAAACAAGGAGAUGAUCAACGACGGCGCCUCCUGGACAAUCAUCAGCACAGACAAGGCUGAAUAUACGUUCUACGAGGGCAUGGGCCCGGUCCACUCCCCCGUCACCCCCGUGCCUGUGGUGGAGAGCUUACAGCUAAACGGCGGAGGAGACGUGGCCAUGCUGGAGCUGACGGGACAGAACUUCACUCCUAAUCUGCGGGUUUGGUUUGGAGACGUAGAGGCUGAGACCAUGUACAGGUGUGCAGAGAGCAUGCUGUGUGUGGUGCCUGACAUCUCGGCCUUCAGAGAGGGCUGGCGCUGGGUGCGGCAGCCGGUCCAGGUGCCCGUCACGCUGGUGAGGAACGACGGCAUCAUCUACUCCACCACACUGACCUUCACCUACACACCGGAGCCGGGACCCAGGCCGCACUGCAGCGCCGCCGGCGCCAUCCUGCGUACCGGUAACUCCAGCCUGCACAGCAACAGCAGCCAGGAGGUCGGCCCCGGCGUCUACGGCCCCAACAGCACCCCCAGCGCAGGAGUCACGUCUUCAUCCUCCGCCGCUGCGGCCGUGGUGUCCUAACGCACAUGGACGUUGGUUACCGUAUACACCGUAAGGUUUAUACAGACUAUAGGAAACAAACUGACUCACUCUAAAGUGCUGCAGAUUCGUUUUGGAAGCGGAAAAAAAACCUGGCGGGACAAAGGAGCAAACACGGGGGACAUCUGAAGGAGCGACACGGGAAUGAGCAGGAGUGCUCCUUCACCUGCCCCCUCCUCCCUCCUGUGGUUACUUUAAGGACCUGCCUCCUGCAGGCCCAGAAGCACCAGCACCUUCCUUCCUUCUGCUGUGAUGAACCACAACAACACAUCCAACACAAAUUCAAGCCUGGGGAGGAAAACCAGUCCCGUUCGGCCCCUCCUCUGCUUCCCGGGAACCGCCGUUCUCCGGUUCAACCAUAAGAACUCGACUGGUUUUUGUGUUUCUUUCAUCCUAAAAGGAGGACUGGGUGUGUUGUUGUUGAAGGGAGUGAAAGGAUGCAUAGGGACACGCAGAGAAAAACCCAUGGAAAACGAGACGUUGACAUAGUUUUUAUGGACCAAGGAUCUUGUAUAAGCUUUAGUAAAGGUACAUUUUUCUCCAUACCUUUUUUGUAUUAAACAUAUAGUACACUUUUGUUACCAAAUAGUUUCUAUUCUUCCUCUGAGCUUGGGCUUUAUUCCCCUCCCCGUUCGAUGUCCAACUCCAAACUUCUAAUGUGACCUUUCUACAAAUGCCUGCUUUGUUUGUUUUGAUACUCUUAUCUGUUUUGGGGUCAAUCUGAAGUCUGGGUUGUUUAUUUACACAAGCAAAGGUUCUUGUUUUUGUUGUUUUGCUUUUUUUUUUUUAACUGGGGGGGGGGAAACCUCAGAGGGCCUGUUUUUUUAACAUUGGUUUUUAUGAAGUCUUUAAAAAGAAAAAGCUUUAAGCAACGCCUCUGCCUUGCCUGCAAUACUCUUACGCGCGCUAUGUCUCCUGGAAAAUAUCAGUGCAUCUCACACGGAGCCAUAGCAACACCUACGUGGGGAUAAACAACAACAAAAACAUAUAUCAUGGUUUCAAACUCGUAAUAUGCGUAGACGUCAAAGGUUAGCCUUAGUGCUGUAUAUUCUCACACAGCUAAACGAGUCACAUAUCUUAUGCUGUUGCUCAUUAAAUAGUUCUAAAAUACAUCCAAGUGCACCAAGCGUGGCGUCUUCCAGUCUCGCUCUGCUGGUUCUCCCAAAAAGGAAAGAAAAAAUGGACACUUUUCAAUUUGAUGUGGCCUUACUGAAUAUCUUCAUGUACAAGAAAUAAAAAAAGUUCUUACAUGCUGUUUACUCAUGAUGGAAAAACCUGUGCAUAGCACAAGCUAACCGCCUAGCUAACAUCAAGCUACUGCCUAACCAACAUCUAGCUAAUACCUAGCUAACAUCUAGCUAUUGUGUAGCUAAUGCCUAGCUAACAUCAAGCUACUGCCUAGCCAAUGUCUAGCUAACGUCAAGCUACCACCUGGCUAAUGCCUAGCUAACAUCAAGCUACCGCCUAGCCAAUGUCUAGCUAACGUCAAGCUACCACCUGGCUAACAUCAAGCUACUGCCUAUCCAACAUCUAGCUAAUACCUAGCUAACAUCUAGCUAUUUUUUAGCUAAUGCCUAGCUAACAUCAAGCUACCGCCUAGCCAAUGUCUAGCUAACGUCAAGCUACCACCUAACUAAUGCCUGGUUAACAUCAAGCUACUGCCUAGCCAACUUCUUACUUUUGCGUAGCUAAUGCCUAGCUAACAUCAAGCUACCGCCUAGCUAAUGCCUAGCCAAUGUCUAGCUAACGUCAAACUACAGCCUAGCUACUUGAGCUCAUUGCUGCAGCUCCACCUUUUUUCAUUUCCUCUCCAAGUAAAGCAGCCUUCUGGAGGAACUCCUAGCCUUCGUUAGUUUUGGUGUACAAAGCAACAUAUUUUGCUUUAUUUAAAUGUUCACUCAUUCACAGUUGGUACAAAACAAGCUCUCUUCUAGCCUUCUUUCUACUGCGCCUCCUUUUGGAGCAAAAAGGCCUUCUUAUUCUUCUUCUACUAUUAAAUGGUCGAAAAUGUGCAUUUCCAGACAACAGCAAUAUUGUACAGGUCAUUUCAUUGUUUUUCUUUCUCUUUUCGUCUGCCUGAGCACUAGUUCACCAGCCAGCAAAUACUUAACCUGUGUGUUCAUCUCUCUGUCACCGUAAUGGAAUAUUUGAGUCAGACUCACUCCAUAAUUUUUUUUUUUUUUUAAUAAAUAAAAAGAUUUUAGCGUCUUCCACCGGGAUCCAAAUAUCAGCUAAACUGGUUCAUUCAAAGGCAAUACCUGUGAUUCUUAACCUUGCAGUACGACUGUAGUAAACCUUUUUUGGGGGGAUAAACAAAAACUGAAGUGAAUGUCUGCUCGUAAUUUCAGAUUUUUGUUACACCUUGAAAUAAAAACAAAAGGAUUCACUUCAUGUGUAAGAAAAAGAAAAGUUCUUCCCCGCUUGUUCGUCAUUAAUGUAAAAUGUUUUAUAUUGUAAUAUUUUUUUAAAUUAUUGUUACACUUUUCCCCUUGUCUUAUGUUGAGAAAACGAAACAAAAGAGAAGUGCUUUAUCGCCUGUGCUGCCUCGGUUGAUUUGUGAGUUUAGCUUUUUGUUGACGUUGUUUCCUAAAGAGGCCGCUUCCUUCCAGUCCCGGGUUAAACGAGGACUUAAACGGUGCUGCAGCAGCAGUUGUAGCGUCAGAAAUGAAAGCUUCACGCUGAGCCUGAACCCUUUACUCUGCAGGAAGGCGCUCGCUGUCGAUUUGUAACUCUUCUACGUCUUCUUAAAAAACAAAAACAGAAAAAAACAUCAAAUCUGUCUGAUUCUUCCUCUUCCAGCUGGGAUAUAUAUGGCUUUUACGUGUUGCCUCUUUUCAGCCAACCACCCCUGGCUUCUUCUUGGUUGUCAUCUCCUCCUUCCCCGUGAGUCCAAACCGAGCAGCUUUGUCGCUCAAACUAACAAAAGCGGCGACGCGCGCUUCGUCCACCUAAACAUGCCGCCUCGACAAUCGGAGCUGGUUUUGCAGAGCGGAGUCUGUCGAGUUUUACGUUACACGCCUUUCUUCAGAACGGAUCACACCAUCCCUAACCCAACCGUUCCCUCCCCUCUCUGUGUGAGUCUGUCUGUUUUAUACACUUCCAAAAAGCAGCUGUUCUUGUGUGUGUGUGUUUUAUUUUAAUGAGCUCUGAACAAUGUAUGUAUCCUCUAAUAUGCCAAAUGUCUUUUCUAAUGUAGUUUUCAUGCACUGCUAAGUGAAACGGGGCAGAGUGAGAGGCAGCUUUAAACAAAAAAAGGGGUGUAGAGCCCUUCCUCUGUCGCACUCAGCCUUACUUCUGAAGACUAUUUGGCUGUUUGCACUACAGAGCGCUAAUCUUUCUACUUUCCUCACACCUUUCUCUUGUAUCGCUCCUUUUGUUGUAUUUUGGGAGAUUUCCUUUGAACACAAGUCCUGUCUGUGCUUAGCUUGGCUACAGUUUAAAACACCUCUUUUUGUCAUCUCUCCACCAUCCCUCUUUCACGUAUUUCCGCUCUCUUUCACUCUAUCUGUAUUAUUCUAGUAAAUGGUCAGCAGAGGUGUCAUUGUGGUAGUUUACUCAGUGCUCAGAUGGUUGCUGAUGGUAGAAACCUGUGCCGUUUGUAACUCUUUUAGCAAUAAAGUCGAAACAAAGGGGAUGUUUAUUUUUUAUAACAUCCAUUAGUUUGUUUUUGUACAUAUUGCAGCUCCAGAUCAUGCUCAAACCUGUAUGUCUUUUUAAAAAAAAGAAAAAACCCACAAAAGGUUGCAAUACUGGCGUGAAAACGAGAAUUAAAAAAGUGAUAUAAAACCGA